UGAGUGUGCUCUUUACGGGUGUCUCUCUAUGGCGUCUGACCGCGUGGCAAGUGGGCCCGUUUCAUUGACGCAAAACUCUUGUGGCGUAAACAAGAAAUUUGGCGCAUGUCUGGCCAGGGGUUUUGCAAACAACGAAUGUCUCUGACGGCCGAAACUAGUUUCGGAAGCACGCUCCGGCCGCGUGAUGAUGGGGGGAUAUCGGACGUAUAAAAGCGGAGCACACACGUCGCCUACGAACACACCAAUUCGUGGAGCUUUCGCAGUCGAAUCUUUACACAGAUCUUAUCCAAAAUUCACCCAAACGUACAGCAACAGAUGUGUCAAUGAAGACACCGGACACCAAAGCGAAGCUACUCAAUAAUAUUAGUCUCUCCAAGCAUCUGUCUUCGAAGAAAGGCGGCUCUCGCACUAGCAACUGCGGCAAUUGUCUGGAAUUCUCCGUGCUCACUCGCCUGUCCAGUGUGCCCUGAAUCCCCGCUAAAAGACCAGCUCAUCUGUGCUCCAAUUUGAAAAACCCCCUC